GGGAACUUGAGAAAAGUUGGUGAAAAAUGGGAAAACACUUUGGCGAGUUAGCAAAGGUGCGUGGGAUUGUUACCUACAAGCUGUCCCCAUUCGAGCAGAGGGCAUUUGCCGGUGUUGUUAGCCAUGGAAUCCCAAAUACGUUGAGGAGGAUCCGUUCAAGCAUAUUCCGAGUUGUUCCACCAUUCAUCGUGGGAUAUUUGGUGUACGACUAUGUGGAGACACUCCAUCACAAAAUGAGCCGUAAGAAUCCAGCUGACUACGAAAAUGAUGUUUAGAGAAAUCAUGUAAAAAAUAAAUUAUUGUAGACCUAAAGGGGAAUAUAAAUUGCUGGGCAGUCA